UAUGAUGCAUUGCAGGCAGAGAAUUGUUUGGGGAUCUAAGCUAAGGUCCAAAAUCAAAAUCUAGGGCUUAGAAGAGUCUCAUUGCAACUCUCCUCUUCUUCUUUUCCACUUCUUCGUUCCCUUUCUCAGGAAAUGACGCCGCCGCCUGGACCCUACUCUGGCACCAGCACCAUCGCCCUGGUGGCUCGUGUGUCAGCUUUCUCUCUGGGUCUUGUGUAUGGGAACCUGAAACUCAAAUAUCUCAAGGCAAAAGCAAAGUCUCACAAGAAAGCUGAAGCAAAGGCUCAUCACUAACAGAGAUGGGUUGUUUGAAGUUAGGAGACCUGAGUUUUGCUGGCAUAGAAAUAAUGUGAUUGCUUGGGAUUGGAAAGGUACCCGAUUGUCAUAUUGAUGUAAAGCUUUUUUAGACCAUGUUGCACAGGUUAUAUCUUUUCAAAGCUUUUUGGUGGAGGUUUUUAACCUAGUCUUUCGAGAAUUGUUUACUUCGCCUGCCCUGGCCCCCAGAAAGGAAAGCUUAUUUUGUAUUGCUUAGCUGACAAUGCGUAAAUGUUGGAAAAUUUCCUUGAUUGAAAUAAUAAACAUCAAGGUUUUACCA